AAAUUUAUAAUAGCAACAGUAAUCUGUGUGGGUUUUUUCUUUUCUCUUGAAACGCAUUGUUUGGUUAGCGAGAAAUUAAAAUUGAACACUCGGAGGUGGAGAGCGGUUAUUGAAACGGUUACGUUUUCGUGAUAUGUUAGCAUAGAGGGCGCUUAGGGUUAGUUGUUUCUAUCAUAUAAUUUUUAUUUCUCUCUCCUUGCUUUGGCUGUUUUUUUUCCUCUCUUCUUAUCUCUCUCUGUUAUUUUCACUAUUAAAAGAAUUAUAAAUUGAAAUUUACUGUCUGGUUCUUAUUAUUCAAACCCUAGAACGUUGUUGCAGUUUGGCACGCUAACAUAAUAUACCCUUGUGUUCUCUGGUGUUUAAGUUAGGGUUUGUGGCACAUUAUUUUUGUUGGGGGCAGGGUGUGUGCACACACUCUUGAUUUUUAUCUGCUUUCUUAUUAGGGUUUCCUUUUUUGUCCUUGAACUAUUAUUGUUCUUCAAUCGUGGUGGUUAUUGAUUUUUUACUUUCCCUAGAGCCUUGUUUAUGGAUUCUUUUCGUUAAUUUUUAUUUGGGGAUGGGGGUCUAAUCAAAACGUGUUCUAUUUGUUUGUUUUUUCUUUAUCUGCAAAUCCGUCUUUUUAAUUGAAGAUGGAGGCGUAGAGAGAAGUUUUUGAUUCUAUUUCCAUUGCCUUGUUCUUGACAUUGCCCUAUUACUGACUGAAAAUCUGAUCAUCUUAAAUUGUCAAUAACUCAACUGGGUGCUGGUUCAAUUGAAAGUUGGAUUAUUGCUGGUGGUGGUUGGGAGAUAGGGUUUGAAAUAGAAUCUUAAAGGACUAUAUUAUAUAUUAUAUAGAGUUAUUAGCAUACCUGGGGUGUGGGGUGAAGAAGGUACAUAAUUUUCUUAGCUAUAGUUGAAACUGAUGAAGUUAAUUAGAGCUCCAUAUGGAAAGAAGUGAACCCACUUUAGUUCCAGAAUGGUUGAGAAGUUCUGGAAGUGUACCAGGGGGUGGCAGUUCCGCCCACCACUUUGCAUCGUCUUCUUCGCAUUCAGAUGUAUCGUCAUCCGCGCAUCACACUAGAAGCAGGAAUACAAAGAGUACGAGUGAUUUUGAUUCCCCUCGUUUGUCUUAUCUUGACCGCACAUCUUCUUCUAACUCUCGGAAAAAUUCUAGUAAUGGUUCUGCCAAGCAUGCAUACAGCAAUUUUAGUAGAAGUCACCGUGACAAGGACCGGGAAAGGGAUAAAGACAGAUUGAGUUUUGGGAACCAUUGGGAUCAUGACGCUUCUGAUCCUCUGGGAAGUAUAUUGUCAAGGAAUGAGAAGGACACCUUGCGCCGUUCUAAUUCUAUGGUGUCUAGGAAACCGGGCGAGGUGUUACCCCGGAGAUUUGUUUCUGACUUAAAAAACGGCAGCAGCAGCAAUCAUGUGAAUGGUAAUGGGUUGGUUUCUGGGGGUAGUGUCGGUAGUAGCAUUCCAAAGGCAGUGUUUGAGAAGGAUUUUCCUUCCCUUGGAAGUGAAGAGAGACAAGGAGUGCCUGAAAUAGGAAGGGUUUCAUCUCCUGGCUUGAGCACAGCUGUCCAAAGCUUACCUGUUAGUGGUUCUGCCUUGAUUGGUGGGGAAGGAUGGACCUCAGCUCUAGCAGAGGUGCCUGCUAUUAUAGGAAAUAGUAGCAGUGGUUCCUUGUCUUCUUCACAAACGGUUACAACUUCAGUAUCUGUCACAUCAAGUUCUGUUGCUGGUCUGAAUAUGGCUGAAGCUUUAACUCAGGCUCCCUCAAGAACUCGUAUUGCUCCACAGUUGUCUGUCCAAACUCAGAGGCUCGAGGAAUUGGCUAUUAAACAAUCAAGGCAAUUAAUACCAGUGACACCUUCAAUGCCUAAGAGUUUGGCUCUUAAUGCAUCUGACAAAGCAAAGCCCAAAACAGUAGCUAGAUCUGGUGAGAUGAAUAUGGCUUCCAAGAUUUUGCAGCAGCAAUCUUCACUGCACUCUGCCAAUCACUCUGCACUUGGAGGACAUGUGAAAUCAGAUGGACCAAAGGCAUCUCAUGGGAAGCUGUUUGUUCUGAAACCGGGUUGGGAAAAUGGUGUUUCUCCUUCUCCAAAAGAUGCUGCAAGCCCUACGAAUAACGCCAGCAGGGUAGCAAAUAGCCAACUUGCUGCUCCUUCAGCUCCCUCGAGAAGUCCUAACAACCCUAAAUCUUCUUUGGGGGAUCGCAAGUCAGCAAGCUCGAAUUUGAUUUCGGGGUUCAAUGUGGAAAAGAGACCCUCUCUAUCUCAAACCCAGAGUCGACAUGAUUUUUUUAAUCUCUUGAAAAAGAAAACCUCAACAAACAGUUCGGCAACUUUUGCGGAUUCAACUUCUGUUGUUUCAUCUACGGUAAGUGAGAAAUCUUGCGAAGCAAACAAGGAAGCAGCUAGUUCUCCUCCACCUUCUCAGGGUGUUAAGAAUGGAGCUCUGACCAAUAAUGGUGGAAUGUAUGAAGAGGUUUCCCCUGAAGAGGUUGCAUUCCUUCGUUCUCUUGGGUGGGAAGAAAAUUCCGGGGAAGAUGAGUUCCUUACAGAAGAGGAGAUUAAUGCCUUUCUUAGCAAGGUUUCAGAAACAAAUAUGCCCUUAAAAGUCUGCCGAGGCGUGCAGCAGAAGAUGCUUGAAUCUCGAGCAACUGGUUUGGUUGGAGCUUCCUCUGAACUGAACUCUUCUGACUCCGAAUCAGGGAUGUGAUGGUGUUCCUUUUGAAAUGUAGAUCGAGAAAGCUUCCAGUUUUUGAUGGCAGAUCUUUAGUUUUUUUUGUUCCUUACUAUGGUAGCUGCUGGGGAUGGAUUUUUGAUGGAACUCUACAAUUUGCAAAUAGUGCAAUAAGUAACAGUUGCCUCAGUGUUGCCUUCCCAACUGAGAUUGAUGGUUUGUGGGAGAGGGUAGGAUAGGGGCUAUUUUGUCCGAGAUUGAAGAUUCAUCUUCUUUGGGGUAGUUUGGUUCCUUUUCUUUAUUUUUAUGAGGGUUUGAUCCUACAGGAAAAAAGUGUUAUGGUGUUUUUGUCAAUUUUACCAACAAAAAAAGGGAAAUCAAAAACUUUGAUUUUUAGUUUAGUUCAUAUUAAUAUAAGCAUUUCUGGUGUCCCUCA